CGCCUGCACCACUGCGGCGGCACUGCGGGCACCGGGAGGCAGCGGCGCGGGAGCGCGCAGGCAGCGCCCGCGCCCGCCGAGCCCCGCGGGACAGUGGGGCCGGAGCCUGCCCUGCCUGCUUCCUCCUGCCUGACUCCUGCCUGCCCUUCCUGCCCUGCCUGCCCUGCCUGUCUCCUCCUGCCUGCCCUGCCUCCCCUGCCUGCCUCCUGCCGGCUUCCUGCCUGCACCUGCCGGAGGGCUAAAGGGGGGUGCUCAAGCCGCAUCCCCCCCCCCCGGGCAGCGCAGCCCGCGCUCUCGGCCGCGGAGUGUUGCAUCAGCUCUGCGCGGAGCGGGGGCUCCGCGGCCAGGGGAGCCGGGGGAGGGAGAGCGGAGCCGCGGGGCCGGCGGAAGGUGCCUCCUCGGCGCUACCUGCCCGCCUCCCCCCCCCGCCCCCGGGCAGUCGGUCCCCGCGGAGCAUCCGGAGGCAGAGGAGCCGGCGGGAGCCCGGCGCCGCCAGCCCCAGCCCUGCCUUUUGUGGCCGGUCCCCUCCCCGCGCCGCCGGGGAAGCUGCAGGAGGAGGCGGCGGGGCCGUGGGAAGCGGGGCCGUGGAAGCGGGGAGACCCUCCCAGCAUCUCCGAGGAGCCGGCAGCUCUCACGGGCAGCGCCUGCAUCGCUCUGCCUUUCAGAUCACCUUUAGCCGAUUGGGCCUCCCAGCCUUCGGCGGGCACGGAGCGGGGCUCUGGAGGCUGACCUGGACACACGACCGCAGCGGGUGGCACGGCGGGCCCGUAAUGCAGUGAGCACGAAGCUGAGCUGGGGACAGAAGUGCUGGGUACAGAGGGGACAAGGUGUGUGGCAGCCCUGGCAGCAGCCCAGGUGAGCUGCCCCCCGGCGCGGGAUGUGCCCUGAGCCCUUGCCCCACGGGAGCUGCUGCCGGUGACAGCAAGUGGGAGAGCCUGGGAGAGCCUGGGAGAGCCGGGAAGGCAGAGCAAAGGAAUUCGCAAGCGCAUUCUUCAGCUCCACGAGGAUCCCAGGGCGUGUAAACAGGAUUAAAGGCCGGGUGGAGGUGGGGGCUGGGAUGAAGAGGGGGCUGCCCCUGGCUCCUGCAAGACCCCCUCGGAUUCACCUGCUCUGCGCAGCACCACGAUCCUCAUCUUGCCAUUCUUGACUGUGGCUGAUCCAGCACAGAAAGUGCCAGCAGAGGCAAAGACCUCCGAGUGACGGCCAAUGGCGCGUUAAGGUCCCUGCGGGGCACUGUGGGGAGCCAACACUUUGAUCGCCUCCUCCAAGGCAGGCAGGAUGCCGCUGUGAGCCCUGCCUUCCCCUGCCUGCCCCGGCCUCACGCCUGGCACCCCCGGGGCUGGCCGGAGAAGAGGGGCGCUGGGCCUGCUGGCGCUGCCUCGUCUCCCCAGGAUGCUCUCCCGCGCCAGCAGCUGCUCCCCAUGCUCCUGCUCCGCAGCCAGACCGAGACUGAAAGCUCCGCAGGCUGCCGGCAUGUUUUAGCCUCAUGCAGGCGUCCCUCGGAGACCCCAGAGCAGUGGACAGUAAUGUGAAAACAAUACUCAUGUCGUGUCUGAAAGGGCAACAGGUCAUCAUUAAGAUGGAGGCGAUGAAGAUCAUCCACCCGGAGAAGUUCUCGGAGCUGCAGGGCUCUCAGCCGCGCUACGCACCGGCCCCGCGCCGAGAGCCGCCCCUCGUGGCCAAGCGUGCCUGGCCCUCCGACUCCGAGAUCAUCGUCAACCAGGCGUGCGGGGACAUCCCCGCCUUGGAUGCCACCCCCGGGCCCCUGCCGCUGCCCCGGACUCCCCCCCUGCCGCGGCGAGAGCGCGGGUACCAGAGCCAGCGGAAGGGCAGCUCGGAGGUCUGCUACCACCGGCAGCCGCCGUCGGACGAGGUGAUCGUCAACCAGUACGUGCUGCACCCCUCCACGCCCUGCGAGCCCCUCGAGUGCCCCACCUGCGGCCACAUGUACAACUUCACCAACAAGCGGCCCCGCAUCCUCUCCUGCCUGCACUCGGUGUGCGAGGAGUGCCUGCAGAUCCUCUACGAGUCCUGCCCCAAGUACAAGUUCAUCUCCUGCCCCACCUGCAAGCGAGAGACCGUCCUCUUCACCGACUACGGGCUGGCGGCGCUGGCCGUCAACACCAGUAUCCUCAACAGACUGCCGGCCGACGCCCUGGCCACCAACCCCGUCCAGUGGAGCAGCGACACCGACCGCAGCUGCUACCAGACCUUUCGCCAGUACUGCGGCGCCGCCUGCACCUGCCACAUCCGGAACCCGCUCUCCUCCUGCACCAUCAUGUGAGCCCCGCAUCCCUGCCCGCGCCUCCCGCCGCCGCAGCGGGAGAGGACGCCGGAGCGCCGCGGACGGGCCCCUGUCCCUUCUUUGCUGGAGGCACAGCCUGAGGAUGCUCUGAUGAACGCCCUGGCCAAGGACUGGCAUCCUCGCUGGCGCUGGUGGGCGGCGAUGGGGAUGUUGGGAUCUGGCAACAGCCCCCUCCGUGCCAGUGGUGCCUGGGAAGAGUGACACUGGGACAGGGAGCACAUCGACUUGCACAUCUAGGGACUCCACCUCUCCCCAGGACUGCAGCCGGUGCCCCUGCCCUGCACCGAGCAUUUCACCGCGCUCCUUUCUUGAGCAUCUUCUCCCUCCUCUCUCCCUGCGGCUCCCAGAGUGGACGCUGGGUCCCCAGCAGAACAACCCUUCCCACCACCCCAUGGCCACCGGUGUGGCACAAGGAGCCCUGGAGGUGCACGGUGCCACACCGGCUCACUCACCCAGCACGGGAAGCAAGGACAGGUCCUCAGCUGUGUGCCCCUCCCCCGUCUCUGUAAGUUAUUUGCCAAAGCUUUCAUCUCAGUGGCCAAGCUGCCACGCUCCCGAGUCGCCGUAGCCAUGCCAAGCUGCCGCACUGGCCCCUCGGUUGUGUGCCCACUCGUGGCCCGUGGGCCCCUGAGGAAAGCUCCACUUUGUCCUCGUUUUGGAGGAUUCUUUUCUCCCCAUCUGUCCCCAGCUGCCCUGUCCCAGGCCACUAUGUGUUCACAAAGGCAUUGAGCUGUGCCCGUUCUCUGCCACUCUGCCCGGGGCCUUGCACCGAUGCCCUGUGGGAUGGCUCAGGGGGCAGUGUGGGGUCCAGUACCCCAAACUGCCAGUGAGGGGAUUUGGCUGGGCAGGGGGGCAGAGGUCUGGCUCAUGCCCAUGGUCCCUUCCCCAGCACAGCAUCUCUGUUCUCACCCCUGCGCAGCGGGGCUGGCAGGGCAGCAGCCCCCUGGGCACAGUCUUGCUUUCUCCAGGGCACUUGGAGGGGUAGGUUUGCUACCAGAAAAAGCAAAAAAUGAACCUAAAACAAAAAGAAAAAGCCAUAAAUCGCAGGGGCUGGGCACCACAACCACCCUGCCUGUGGCACCAGGGCACAUGCCACAGGGUCCCAGGGCACCAGGGCCGGGUGAGGAAGAGUGGCUCACAGGGCCCCCACCCUGUAGGGAAGAGCAGCCCCCAGCACUGGUCAAAGGCCAGCACCCAUCAAGGGAAAGGGACCCAACUGUCCCCUCCUGCUCGCCCAAGGCAGCCUGCGAUGCCGCCAGCACAGCCCCAGGUGCCACCCUGCUGCCAGUGAGAACGGGGCCUGAAACCGCCUCUGUGUUGCUCUGCCAAUGCCUCCUGCUGCUGGUCAUGACGAUGAUGAUGUUUUCUACCCGGCCUUGUUCUGACCCCAUCAGUCUCCCCAAUAAAGAUUAUAUUGGAACGA